AACAGCAGUCAGCUUAAUGUGGUGAACGAGCACAUCUUUUACAUGUAUAGCCAAGGCAACAUUAACAAAAAAUCUUCAUUCACUCGAUCAAACAAGGAAUGUAAGAGAUUUAACAGAUCAUCUUCUACUGAUUUUCAGAUAUUGGCAGCCUUCCUUUGCCUCAAACUCGAACAGCUGGCUGGAAUAAAUCACACGAAAACACAAGUGAUGCAACCAAAGAGAGUGAAGAUGAAGAAUAGGUGGCUCCAGCUAAAACAAAGAGGACCAUACAUGAAAGGAAAUGAUAAUGGAAUACAGAUUAUCAAUCUAAAGUAG